AUGGAACAAUGGGAUUCACUUGGCAUGAAAGUAGCGUAUCAAGAAGCCGUGAAAGGUUUUGAAGAGGGCGGUGUGCCUAUCGGUGGAUGCUUGAUCGAUGAUAAAGGGAAUAUUCUUGGCUCCGGACACAAUAUGCGAUUCCAGAAAGGUAGCGCAACUCUGCAUGGUGAAAUUUCCACUCUUGAGAAUUGUGGACGUUUGAAAGGUUCAGUUUAUAAGAACUGCACUUUGUACACGACUCUAUCGCCUUGCGAUAUGUGCACUGGCGCCAUCUUGUUGUAUGGAAUCCCACGGUGUGUCGUGGGUGAAAACAUCAAUUUCAAGGGCGACGGUGAGCAGUACCUUGCAGAACGCGGGUGUGAAGUGCGUGUCGUGGACGAUGCGAAAUGCAAAACUAUCAUGAAGCAGUUCAUUGACGAAAGACCACAAGAUUGGUUCGAGGACAUCGGCGAAUGA